AUGCCGGGUCACUCAGACUUUGCAAAAGAGACCGCCUCCAAGCGAGUGGGUGCCCGAACGUCGGCAGAGCCAUUCUGCGGGACUGGCCCGGCUGCAGCUGCCCGUGGCGGGCGGGGCCGCCCGCGGAACGUUGUUGCCGGCGCGCCCUCAUUGGUGAAGGAGGGCGGGCAGCGUUAUUCCGAUUGGCGGAGAGCAGAGGGAGGCCCGCCCCCGCUGCUGCUGCUGCUGCAGGCGGCCGGCGGGGCCAUCCCGCCGCCGGAGGAGGCGGCGCGCAUGGCGCGCUUUGUGCUGCACAACUGCGACUGGGGGGCGCUGGCCACGCUCUCCGUGCAGGAGGGGCUGCGCGGCCACCCCUUCGCCAACAUCUUCUCCCUCAGCGACGGGCCCCCGGGGCCCUUCAGCGGCAGCGGCGUCCCCUACCUUUACCUGACCGACAUGGAGAUCUCCGUGCAGGACCUGGAGAUCAAUUCAAAUGCCUCCUUAACUGUGUCUUUGGCACAGACUCCUUACUGCAAGAAGCACAGAUAUGAUCCCCAGAAUCCCCUCUGUGCCCACAUAAUCUUCUGUGGGAGCAUUGUAAAGGUGAAUGACUCAGAAGCAGGUGUAGCAAAAAAAGCAUUAUUCAGUCGCCACCCUGAAAUGGAAAGUUGGCCUAAGGAUCAUAAUUGGUUCUUUGCCAAGUUCAACAUCACCAAUAUUUGGGUCCUGGACUACUUUGGUGGAUUGAAAAUUGUGACACCAGAAGAAUAUUACAGCGUCAAGCCUUAG